AUGGUAGGGAAGCGGUAUCUGCUAACAGAAGAUGAUAUAAAGUUACAAGAAUUUCAGCAGAUGAAAGUGGCAAUUAGAAAUGAAGUUCAUGGCAAUAAAGAUCCGUAUUUUAAAAGUAUUAAAGAAAAAUUAAAGAAAAACGGAAUGAUUCUCAAAAAUGAAUUAAAAAAUUUAUUGCAUUUAUGUCAGACUUCAUCUGAUGUGGAACUAGCCAGGAAAGUUAUUUACAGGUACCAUGAACAGAAUGGAAUCUCAGCCUUACAUAAUUUUAAAUUUGGGCCCCUCUUUAUGAGGCUAUGUUAUGAGCUGGACCUUGAAAGACCUGCAGUAGAACUUAUCAAAGAUCAGAAUUUGCGUGGUUUUUUCUCAGAGAGUACAUCGUUCCAUAUUUUGAUGACUAUGUUGUUUAAAAAGGGCCAUUUUGAAAGUGCUUUGGAAGUUCUGGUAGAAAUGAAAAAACAAGGUAUACCUUUCAAUAAAGAAACCUAUCUACUUGCAUUUGCAAUAUGCUACAAACUGGACAGCCUGGAGUCUUGCAAAAUCUCAGCGAAACUGCUUGAAGAAGCACAGUUAAAAGGUGACACAUUACCACUACGAGUGUUCUGCUUUGCUGUGGCAACUGCUCUGAAGCAGAAUGAUAUAGCGCAAGCCAAAUUUUAUUGUUCCCAGAUAAUGAAAACGGAGAACAAACUAUACAAUAAUCUUAAAGUUCUUGUCCAGCUCAGAUCUGGUUCGCUUGAAGAAGUAAUAAAGACAUUAGAGGCAGCAGUGGAAGUAGAUACUCCUCCCUUUGUGAAAAAAAUUGAGUUUUCUGAGCAGGUGCUGGCUACAGUCAGGGAAAAGAUGGAAGAAAACCCCGACCUUUCUGCCAAAUUAGGAGAGGUUUAUACGAAACUACAAGCUUCAGGACGGGUAACUGUGUGCACACUGGAAGACAUGCUUUUCCAGAUUCCUAGUGCAAAGAAGACCCCUGCAAAGCUUUUACAUCAGAAGCAAUUGGGCUGUCAGGCUGCUAAACCGCUUCGGUCAAAUCUGUUGUUGGAAUAGUUCAAUAUUUGAUGGCAAACUGAACUGCUGUUAGCAUCUCUUAGAAGCCAGGUUAAAAUAAAAUGUCUUCUCCCCUCCUCUGCAGUGAGCAAUUGUUUAAGUCGUUUGUGUGAAACUGCAUUUUAAAUACAGAUCAUGUAGCUUCCAUGUUUCAAUUUUGAUGGUAAAACCAAGCCGUGACGGUGGGUAUUUGUGUGUUGUUCAGAAAUGGAGUGAUAGAACGGUUUGAAGUUUUUCCUCAGUCACUUAAAUGGGGAUUUUCCUAUGCUAAACGUUCUGAUGGAAGUGAGCAAAAUAGUAUGCAUAUCUGACCUGACUUCUGUGGUUCAUGAAAAGAAAAUUCAGUCUUCAUCAGAUGUAAUGUUCUGACUGAAAGGAUAGAUGCAGUCCAGAGUCUAGAUAAAAUAGUAUGGAAGUGCUUUAGCUGUUUAUUCAAAUUCUGUACAUCUCAAGAGAAUCAGAGGAAAGCAAGCAUCUUUUGUUCCCUUUAGUAUCUUUUUCUUCAGAGCCAACACAUUACUAUGUUUUUUCAUAUCAAAUGGAAACGCUAUGGGAGGUAGCAUGGUAACCAACUGGUUGUUUUUUCACUUGAAGGAGAUUCCUGAACAAAAGUCAGAGUCUCAGAAAGUCGGAGUCUCAGAGUGACUGGCUCCACAUACUGCUUCCUUCAAAUUUUCUGAUAUUAAACUUCCCAGGAUAAUCAUAUCUUGAUACAAAUUUCCAACUAAGUCCUAACAAGUUUCUUAGAGCAAGUACAAUCACUUUUUGAAACUAGAACUACAUAUCAUCUGCGUAAUUCACUCAUGUGUAGAGUAAGUGAUCGUAAAAACAGUACAAAGAAGCUUCAUGUUGACCCAACUUUAAUGACUCCCAGGCCAAAUGUGGUUGGUUCUAGUAAUAAAAAGAUGUUCAUAACU